AGACGAGACGUUUUGCAGAUUAUGUGCGGGUGCUGAUGGAAGAGGACCACUAUGACACGCCGUGGGAGUUUCUCGCGCGCCCCAACUCCGUGCGCCUUUCCGCCGUCGACGCGGCCCUCUUCAGCCGGGGCCCCGGUGUUAGUACGGGAUCGCCUCAAGCUUCUCCCCUCCCGCACUCUCCCUCUUCACACCAUCUGGUGCACAUUGGCAAUUCCCCAGUUGAUUCGAAACGCAACUCCCUGAGAUCAGACAAGCCACGACGGACGGCGGCUCUAAAUGAAGAGGAAGCUUUGCUAGAAAGGAACAUUGACCGGGUAGGAGCCGAAAAACUGUUAGAAAGUCGAGGACUGGGCGAUUUCUUGCUGCGAUCUCGAGGAGAAGGAAGUGCUGCGCUUUCAUUACGAGGUGCGACCGGUGUCCUGCAUAUCAAGCUGGAGCGGAGGGGUGACAAGUGGGUUAUCGGCGAGGGUCCGUGCUUUCGCUCCAUCUCCUCCGCCGUCCACUACUACCGACGACAUCCGCUGCCGAUUCGAGGAUCAGACCACUUGAUCCUGAACGCAUCGCUCACCAACACUGUCCGCUUAUAGCAGCACAUCGAGAAACAUUCCACGGUCCUAGGCGGGACCAGCUAUUCGAGUCAACCCCGUAAAGUGAGAGAGUCCUUGUAUAAAUGUCGCUCGCCAAUUGUUUGUGCCAGAUUGUUUAGAGGCUUAUCGACGUCUCCCGCGCCCCGGCGAUUCUGCUUGUUUGACUCUGCCUUCGCAUUGUUUGUUGUUUGUACAUAAUUAAGUAGAGAUAAAGUUGUCGUACUGUUC